AUGGCAGACCUGCGAAGCACGGCGAUGUCGUCACUCCACCAGUGGACAGCUUUCCUUGCUUCGAACGCCGACCUGGGUGGCAUCGAGGCGUCGCACGUUGCGGAAAGUAGGGCCCCAAGUCGCUCUGCGUGCUCCGAUGCUAAUGCUUCAGAUGAUGGUGGUCUUGACGGACCAGACAGUUCAAAGAACAAUUCGGCCGCAGCCGGAUUGAAUUUUUUAAUUGACCAGCCCGGCGCCCUAGCUAUCGUGCGCUGA